CUGUUUAAAGAAGGCAGGCCGAGACCACCGACAAGCGAAUUGCAGCAGACGCAAACAAUGUACGAAAGUCGAAAGAGGAAAUCAAUGUACCUCAACUCACCAUCCAUUGUUGCACAAAUCCAGAACAACACAUGUCGGUGUUGCUUCCCUUUCUGAGCAAAAGGACACAAUGUUACCAGUAAUCACUGCCAAUUUCUGUGGAUCUAAUGGAGUGCACAAGACCGGAAACAUUCUGUUUGACUCCAGAGCCCAAAUUAAUUUAAUUCGAAGAGAGACUGCGGACAGUUUACGUUUGCAUGAUCAAGAUAUAACUGUGAAUAUCGUAAAGGUUGGAGGAGAAGAAGAAGAAAUUCAAACAAAAGUGUACAAAGUGAUUGUGACUGGAAUAGAUGAUAAGAAGAAGUAUGUGGUUAGAGCAACUGGAAUCCCAUGUAUCAGUGACGAAAUCAAAAGUGUCCGAUCGAGUGCACUAGCAGAGCAGUUCAGCCUACCGAGGCAGGAAAUCAGACGUGGAAACGGGCAUGUUGAUCUUCUCGUGGGAAUUGAUCAUGCACAUAUGCAUACUGGUCAGACAAGAGAGGUUAACCAUAUGGUUGCAAGAAAGUCUCCUCUGGGUUGGAUGAUAUUUGGUACGACGUCCGGUGAUCUAAGUAAUGUUCUCCAUGUGAAGGUAACUUCUCCAGUGGACCUUUCUGAUUUUUGGACAACAGAAGCAAUGGGUGUCCAAGUUGACCCUUGUGUCUGUGAUGCAAACAAGUUAAACCAGGUAGAUCGAGAAGAAAAGACGCUGAUAGAACAAUCCGCCAGAAAAGUUGGAGACCAAUGGAUGAUCCCGUACCCAUGGAAAAGGAAUCCCACUGAGCUACCUGAUAAUAAAGAGCAAGCAGUUAAACGUCUGGAAUCUACUGAACACCGACUGUUGAAGAAACCAAACGAGGCCGACGCCUAUAAUCGUAAAAUCGUCGAGAUGGAAGAAAUGAACUUCGCGAGCAUGUUGACAACAAAGGAGAUUGAAGAGUACAAAGGUCCGGUUCAUUACAUUUCGCACCAUGCAGUUCUCCGACCAGACAGUGCAAACACACCUGUUCGCAUAGUCUUCAACUCGUCGCCGUCAUAUCAAGGCCAUGUACUCAAUGAAUAUUGGCGAAAGGGACCCGAUUUAUUGAACGAUCUUUUCGGAGUUAUACUACGCUUUAGAGAGAAAGAGGUCGCUGUAACCGCUGACAUAUCCAAGAUGUAUCAUCGAGUUCUCAUUCCUGUGGAGGACAAACACGUGCAUAGAUUCCUUUGGCGAAAUUUGGAAACGAACAGGCCGCCGGACAUUUACGUAAUGAACGUUUUGACGUUCGGUGACGAGCCCGCACCUGCUAUGGCCCAGAUCGCCUUGCAAAAGAUGGUAGAGGAAGGAGAAAGCAGUAAUCCGGAAGCUGCACGAACCAUUAAGGACAACACCUAUAUGGACGACAUUCUUGACUCAGUUGACAAGAAGAAGCCAAGAAACUGACAAGCGGAGUAGACAGAAUUCUGGAGACAGGUGGAUUUAAAGUAAAAGGAUGGCAAUCAAAUAAAGACCUAGAAGAGCAUAAAACGGAAUUGGAUGAAAUCAAUGUGCCACAAAGUCAAACCGAUGCGAAAGCGCUUGGUGUAUCCUGGGACACCGUGAAAAACCUCCUAAAGUAUAAGUUCGAAAUUGAAGCUGUGAAAUGCGUUAUUACUGAUCUGACCAAGCGCAAGAUACUCAGCCAAAUCGCUCGAAUAUACGAUCCAAUUAGGUUUGUCGCGCCUUUUCUCGUGAGAGCAAAGAUAAAUCUCCAAGAGUUAUGGGAAGAAGGUGUGGACUGGGACGACGAUCGAGCUUGCCCCGAGUACUCAGAAGAAAUGGUCAUCAUACUUCGAAGAAAUGAAGCAGCUGAAUGGCGUAUCGUUCGAGAGAUGUAUUUGUCCACGAAACGUAGUAGAGCCGCCAAUUCUGUGCGUGUUUGCAGAUGCAUGCGAGGUGCUUGAAGCGAAAUCUCCUCAGGUGAAGUUAAAGUAAAGUUCAUUGCAGCCAAGCCCAGAGUAGCCCCUUUGAAAGAGUUGACUAUCCCAUUUUUGGAACUCCAAGCAGCUGUGUUGGCGACCAGAUUGUGCAAAUCGAUCGAGCGAGAAAUCCGGAUCGAGCUCCAAGAAACUAUCCUGUUUACGGACAGUGCAAUUGUUUUGGCCUGGAUAAAGAAUAACGGAAAGCGUCUGAAACCAUUCGUAGCAAGUCGAGUUGGAGAGAUUCGAAGCAAUGUGAAACCGGUCCAAUGGAAAUACAUUCCAACUGAGCAAAAUCCUGCCGAUGAUGUAUCACGCGGGUUGUCUGUUCCUGAUUUGUCUGGAUGUUGGUUGACCGGUCCAGAAUUCUUGCAGCAACCAAUUGAGGAAUGGCCGAAAGAAGAUAGCAAACCUGAUGCAACCGAAGUCGAGCGUGAAUGUAUAAAGAAGAAAUCCGUUGGAUUGGUGACAACUGAAGCAGUCGAGUUAAAGAGUGUGAUUGAACGCAAAGAUUAUUCAAGCUGGAAAAGACUCCUACGCGUUUCGGCGUGGGUGUUAAAAUAAAGAAUAACCUUAUGGCAAAGAUACGAAGAGUUCGAGAAGAGAAUUCGGUAGCUGAAGAGUCGUUGACUCCGAACGAGCUCGAGGAAAAUCGAAAGGUCUGGAUAAAGGAAGCACAAAAAAGCCUAAAGGAUCGCCUGAAAAGAAACGAAUUCCGAACACUUUCUCCGUUUGAAGAUGAAGAAGGGAUCAUCAGAGUCGGCGGACGUGUCGAAAAUGCAUUAGUUUCAUACGAAACAAAGCAUCCCGCGUUACUACCUUACGAUCAUAGAGUUUCGCGAUUGAUUGCAGAGGAGGCUCACAGAAUGGGGCACUCGUGUGCUGCGACGACAGCUGCAAAGACUAGAAGACGUUAUUGGAUCAUCAGAGUGCAUGACUUGGUAAAGACAAUCAAGUCCAAUUGCGUAAAGAAAUAAACCCACAAGUCGAGAGUCAGUUGAUGGCAAACCUAUCACCGUUCCGAGUAGCACCUCAUACUCCCCCCUUCCACUACGCGUAUCCUGUGAUUAUUUCGGACCGUUGACCGUCAAGAUUAGCCGUAACAAGACAACCAAGCACUACUGAGUCAUCUUCACGUGUUUAAAUACAAGAGCCGUGCAUUUAGAGAUCGCAACAGAUUGCUCAGAAAUGGAGUUCAUUCAGACACUCAGACGAUUUUUCUCCAUUCGAGGAUAUCCCGCGAUGAUUAUGAGCGACAACGGGACUCAGUUUGUUGGAGCUUUGACCGACCUGAAGAAGAUGCUUCAAGAAACUGGUAAGAAGACAUUGCGAGAGUAUUGUGUCGACAAAGGCGUACAGUGGAAAUUCAUUACUAGAUAAGAUAAGAUAAGAUAAGAUAAGAUAAGAUAAGAUAAGAUGAUGUUUAAUAGCACAAAUUCGCACAUAAAGUGAAGUACAAAGUGCUUACAUUAAAAUACUAUAAUAAUAUAAGAUUAUUUACAAUGGUUGUUAGAACAAAGUUAAAAUCAAGUCUCACCAGUCACUAUUUACUAUUAGCGAUAUUAAUUGUAUUUGGGAAAAAGCUAUUUUUAAACCGAUCAGUUCGACAUUUAUAAGUUGAUAAAUUAUUUAAUGAUCUAAUAAAAUAAUUAUGCUCGUUCGAUCUAGUCUGUGUCACGUGUUGUGUAAGCGGACCACCUCUGGUUAUCUUCGUGAGUAUCUUCAAACAUAGAUCUUCACGUCUAGUCUCCAAUUUGGUGAUACCAGCCGACAGCAACGCAUCUUUGUAAGUUUGUCCAGGGUAUACAAUACGCAAGGCUCGCUUUUGGAUUUUUUCAAGUUUCUCAGAUAAAUAGCAUGAGAUAGAGUUGUGCCAAACUUCACAAAAGUAUUCAAGGAUUGAGCGUAUUAACGCAAUAUACACAGUGAGAAGGUCUGCAGGAGGAAUACCACAUCGGCGCAACACCCGGAGGAUAUGCAAUCGUUUGGAUGCCUUCGAGACUAUUUCAUGGAUAUGUUCAUCCCAUUUCAGGUUGUUUUGGAUCGUGAGUCCCAGUACUUUAUGUGA